UUUAUCCUUUAAUUGAAUGUUAAAGCCUAUCAAAGAUUGCCAGGUUCUUAUGAAGACGCACAGCAAAUGUUUGGUGGUUCGGUGUACUGGCUUGUUUGUUUUGAAUAGUUGAUCUUUUGACAGCUUUGAAAGAGUAUCCAGAAGCUGAUAAAAUCUUUAAAGAGGUUAUUUUUAAUUGCUAUGGUAUCAAUUGUAUUUAUUAGGGCAGUGAAUUGUUGCGGGAAGACAAUCUAUUUGAUGAGAAUGCUUUAGAAGAACAAGAAUCAAAAGGAAAAAUGACUGAAGGACUCCAAUCUUUUGUUAGAAUUCAGCAAAUUAGGUUUGAAAAUUAAUUGGUUUGACUAUUUGGUUUCCACAGUUUUUCGUUUAUUUUUUCAAGGUUUGCCCUUUUUGGAACUUACUGUUUUAAAAAGUUUCCGUUAUCGAUGUUUAAAUCGCCAUACGAUUGCUUCCCUUGUGUAGUGUUCGUUAUAGUGGGUUUUGUUGGCCCACCAGAUUUCACAAUUAUGCUUCAGUCGAAAGAGCUCGUCGGGCUGACUUGAGCGGGGGAAGAAGGCGGAUGGACGUACAGGGACCGAGUUUUACAGACUCCUGAAAACAAAAGUAGCUGAUUUUGGGAUGAAAAAUUCGAAAAUGCAAAUAAUAGCCACAGGGAUCUUUUUAUUCUCAAGAUCGAACCAAAUAAACCUUCCUUUUAUUUUUAAGAUUUCCAAGCUUAGGGGUUUGCAAACAGCAUAAAUUCUAACAUUUUUGUUUCGUUAACGAUUUAUUUUUUCAGUUUAAAGAACGUAUAGACGAGAAGCAAAUGGUCAAACAUGGACAAGGGUUGACCGCCCACAAAGACAAAGACAACAUCUGAUCGUUGGGCAAUAAAGAAGCAAUUGAAUUACAUAAAAAGGAAGUGCUGGGCACCAAAUAUCAAAAUUGGGAAAGGAAAACGAAAACAGUUUUUUUUCAUUUUUGUUUAAUUAGACACAGUCGAAAUACCAAUCAAACUUUUGGAAUCGACAUUUUCCCAAAAAUGAAAAGAAAAUCGGAUUAAUUGCCAAAAUCCUCAUUUCGACUGUAUUACAAUUAUUUUGUUUUAUAUAAUUUUGGUUGUUUUUUAGCCAAAUUUCUAUUUGUUUAAUAAAUAAAAAUGAAUUUGUUGUUGCUGAAUUACAAUUUCUCAUUAAACUUUAUCGAGGGCUUUAAAUUUAAAUCGACUUCUAGGAGAAUUUCACGGUCUCAUACCCUAAUUAAAUUUCAAAGAGCCCGUCUUUCAUGUUACAGACUCUUGUAUUCCUUUUUGUAUUGAGAACUACUCUUACUCCUUUUCAAUAUAAGGUGGAAUGUAGCAUGUAGAGAAAGAAAAUGAGUGAGGUAGUUGAGAAGUUGGGAUGUAAUGUUAAAAAUAAAUGACACUUUGUCC